AUGGCUACCGCUACCGUGACCGAGCUUCUCACCAAAACUGUUCAAGCGACAGCAGCCUCGAGCACCAGCACCGUCCGGGCGGCACCUCAAGGCGGCAUUUUUGAGCAUGGGAAUCCGACUCGGUACGAUCCUAAAAACCCUAUCAUUCUCUUCAUCAUCCAAGCCAGCAUUGUCAUCAUUUUCACUCGGAUCAUUCACUUUCCUUUGGCCUAUCUCCGACAGCCUCGAGUCAUCGCCGAGGUCAUAACCGGUAUCAUAUUGGGCCCUUCAAUCAUGGGCAGGAUUCCAGGCUUCACGGAGCAUAUUUUCCCCACAGCCUCAAUGCCCGCGUUCUCUCUUGCCGCCAAUCUCGGAUUGGUACUGUUUUUGUUUCUUGUUGGUCUGGAGGUAGACUUGCGUUUCCUUGUCAGGAACUGGCGCGUCGCUUUGAGUGUUGGCGCUGCCGGGAUGGCUCUGCCUUUCGGUCUGGGAGCCGCAAUCUCAUGGGGUCUAUACCACGAGUUUCGGUCUGAUGCCAACCUAGCUCCUAUCAGCUUUGGAGUGUAUAUGCUCUUCAUUGGUGUGGCUAUGGCUAUCACGGCUUUCCCUGUCCUCUGCCGUAUCUUAACCUCCCUGGAACUGCUUAGCACUCCUGUUGGUGUUAUUGUUCUCUCGGCGGGAGUUGGAAACGAUGUGACGGGCUGGAUUCUGCUUGCCCUUUGCGUUGCCCUCGUCAAUUCCGGCGCUGGACUUACCGCUUUGUGGAUUCUACUUGUCGCUGUUGGGUAUACUCUAUUCUUGACCUUCGCCGUCAGGCCCGGUUUCAUUUACCUUCUCAGAAGGACAGGAAGCCUUGCCAACGGCCCCACCCAAUCGGUUGUCGCAUUGACGGUUCUGCUCGUUCUGGCCUCGGCUUUCUUCACCGGAAUCAUUGGCAUUCAUCCAAUCUUUGGGGCUUUUAUGAUCGGCCUCAUGGCACCUCACGAAGGAGGAUUUGCAAUCAAAUUGACGGAGAAACUCGAAGAUCUUGUCAGUGUGUUAUUCUUACCCCUUUACUUCGCCCAGUCUGGCCUAAGCACGAAUCUGGGCCUCUUGGACAAUGGAAUCACAUGGGCAUACGUGGUUGGGGUUUGUGCAAUUGCCUUCUUUGGGAAGAUCGCCGGUGGUACAUUGGCGUCGCGGCUGAACGGCCUUGUCUGGCGAGAGUCCCUCACCAUUGGCUGCCUGAUGUCAUGCAAAGGGCUGGUCGAAUUGAUUGUAUUGAACAUUGGUCUACAAGCCAAGAUCCUCAGUACUCGGACGUUCACCAUAUUUGUUGUCAUGGCACUCGUUACCACCUUUGCUACAACACCUCUCACGACAUGGCUGUAUCCGCCCUGGUACCAACAGAAACUGGAACUGUGGAAACAAGGCAAAAUUGACUGGGAUGGAAACCCGACUCGCCAUGACGGCGACGCCAACGCCGACGAGAGCAGCGAAGCCGACGCCUUGGUUAAGAUCAAUGUUGCGAAAAGAGUACUGGUUUAUCUUCGCCUGGACGGUCUUCCCAGCUUGUUCACCGUGAUGUCGCUUUUCGCCCACAAGCAGGAAGAUCUUGACGAUCUUGCCCGCCCAGUCGUUAACGCGCCUUUGUCCAAAGAUCGAGAGGUCAUGCAGAAUACACAAGCCAUGAACUCAGUGGCCACCCUUCGACGGCCGCUCCAAAUUCACGCCUUGCGCCUAAUGCAACUUACAGAGCGAGGGUCCAGUGUGAUGCGUGUCGCCGAGAUCAAGGAGUUCGCCAGCCGAGAUCCGGUUAUAAAAACCUUUGGCACAUUUGGGCAGUCUCGCGAUAUUGCUGUUGCCGGCCAAAUUGCUGUUGUACCGCAACACUCGUUCUCAAGCACUCUCCUAUCUCGUGCGCAUGAACUUCGAUCUGACCUGGUGAUUAUCCCUUGGUCUGAGACGGGAUCCAUGUCAGAGUAUGCAAAUAUCUUUGAUGACAAGCCCGGAGAUCCACUCGCGAACAAGGAAUUCGGGGCCCUUGUGACUGAAACGUUCGAGCAAGCACGUCGAACCUGCCAUGUUGCUGUGUUCAUUGACCAGAGUAUCCUUUCAAGACACGGAGCACCGCGGGUAGAACCACCUCUCCAGGAGCAUCACGCUCACUCGUUGAGCCGGACCGUGACAGCAAAGAGCACCGUCGAGCACUUAAACUCUACAGUUCAGUUCAAACUUGCGGACAGUGAAAGGCACAGACUUUUGGUGCUGUUUCAGGGCACCGAUGAUGAUUUGUUCGCUGUGCGCUUGGGGCUGCAGCUGGCCAAAAACGAGACGGUCGACCUGCAAGUACUCAACGCGCGCGUGGGUGACCUUGACGAGUUUGACGAGACUCCCAAGGAAGCAGGACUUCAUGGCCUCAGGACACGAGCAGAUCACGAAUUCGACCUUCUUCGGGCUUGUAUCCCCGAGAGUCUGCGGAACAGAGUCUCGGUCGUCGAUCUUGAUGUCCCAGGCCUCGAAGCCGUGCUCGCGGCCAUUGCGCAACCCAGCGGGGCUGAGACGAUCGUCAUAGUCGGCCGCGCCACUCCGGCAUCCGCUGGCGAGCAUUCACUAUCCAGCUCCAUGGCUAUGGCUGCAAGCUCCAGUCGGAACGACUCUCGCACACUGGGGCUCUUGGCGACGAGCCUCGGCAGGGCCGUAUACGAGAAAGCGCAGAACAUCGGUCUCCUUGUUGUGCAGGCAAGCAGGGAGCUUGAUGAGGUUGACCCUACCGGUCCCAGUGUGGGCGUCAAAGGCUCGUUGCAUUUGACCAAGGCGAGUACCUUGGGUGAUGAUUAG